AUGGCUAGCGAUCAUACUGAGUCCCAGAGAUACUUCUCUACCCGAGGGGGUGACCAUGGCCUCUCCUUCGAGACCGUUGUUCUGAAAGGACUCGCUGCGGAUGGCGGUCUUUUCCUGCCCCAGGAGAUCCCAAUUGCGGUGGACUGGCGGAAUUGGAAAGACCUCUCAUACACCGAGUUAGCCUUCCAGAUCUUCAGCCUGUACAUAUCAAGAUCUGAGAUCCCUGCCGACGACCUGAAAGCCAUCAUCAAUCGCAGCUACUCGACAUUCCGUGCAAAGGAUGUUACACCCUUGGUGCAUCUGCAGGACAAUCUAUACCUUCUCGAGCUAUUCCACGGUCCCAGCUACUCCUUCAAAGAUUGCGCCUUGCAAUUCCUCGGUAAUCUUUUUGAAUAUUUCCUUACGCGGAAAAAUAAAGGGAAGGAAGGCAAAGACAGACAUCAUUUGACGGUUGUCGGAGCCACUAGUGGUGAUACCGGCUCCGCGGCAAUUUACGGUCUCAGAGGCAAGAAAGAUGUAUCGAUAGUCAUCUUGCACCCGAAGGGCCGUGUCAGCCCUAUCCAAGAGGCACAGAUGACAACCUGCUUAGACCCGAAUGUCCAUAAUCUUGCUGUCACCGGUACCUUCGACGACUGUCAAGAUAUUGUCAAGGUUCUCUUCGGAGACCCUGAUACAAACCAGGCGUUGAAGCUGGGCGCUGUCAACUCAAUCAACUUCGCCCGGAUCCUCGCCCAAACCGUAUAUUACUUCUAUUCGUACUUCACUCUGCUGAAGAAGUCUCCCAACGUCAAGCUCGGCGACAAAGUGCGCUUCGUAGUGCCAACUGGAAACUUUGGAGAUAUUCUCGCAGGCUAUUUUGCAUAUCGAAUGGGUCUUCCCGUGGACAAACUUGUCGUUUCAACUAACGAGAACGAUAUCCUUGAUCGGUUCUGGAAGACGGGCCGAUACGAGAAGAAAGCAGAAGACGGCGGCGUGCGGGAAACAUACAGUCCCGCAAUGGACAUCUUGGUAUCGAGCAACUUCGAGCGACUCCUCUGGUUCCUAUCGUACCAAUACGCAGCCACCAGCGGUACAGACGAUAAGGCCAACCGGGAAAAGGCAAACCAGGCAGUUACUACGUGGCUCAACGACCUGAAGCAAAAGGGUGGCUUUGGCCCCGUCCCUGAUGCUGUUCUCGAUAACGCACGCAAGUCCUUCGAGAGCGAGAGAGUUAGCAAUCCACAGACUCUGGAAACCAUCGAGACUAUCUAUAAUAAGGACGGAUACGUCUUGGAUCCUCACUCUGCCGUCGGUAUCACGGCUGCCCUUCGGUCGGAGCAGCGGGUAGGAAAGGAUAUCCCGCAUAUUUCUCUUUCGACAGCGCAUCCGGCCAAGUUCGCUGAUGCUGUCGAGCUUGCUCUUAAGGGCAAGGAAGGAUUUAACUUUGAUAAAGAUGUGUUGCCACAGGAAUUUGUCGGCCUUGACAAGAAGGACAAGCGUGUUACCGACGUUUCCAACGAUUGGAAGGCAGUGAGAGAGCUGAUCAAGGAGCUGGUUGAGAAGGAGCUUCAAGCCUAA